UUGUCUAAAAUCAAUGAAAUCCUUUUAUUAGGUAAAAUUGGUAUGUGAUAAUCAUUGCCGCUCCCCACUAAGGGCACACUGACCUGCAUUUAGGCGCCUGGGACAGUCGCGGCCGCCACGGCACACGGUACAUACUCUGCAAACAACUCCACGUCACAACAGUACCGUUGGUGCCAUGAGGACCCUGCGUCAGGUGUCGGGGGAGGAGCUCGAGGCUCUCAGGGAUAGAAUGACCCAAUACCUGCCUUACUCUGCUGGGAUCCACGGGUUCAUCGAGAUGAUGCUGAAGUGCCAAUUGCAACAGAUACUUGACGUUAAAGUGUACAUUCCCGAUACCCCUCAGCCUUCGUCCCUCGCUCUAGUUACACCCUCUUGUUCACAACCAAACAUACAGAGUAUGACGAUUUUCUGGGACACAGAGGAGGAGGAAGACGAAGAUGUUGUAAGAAUGCUGAAGACACUGUCUGACUGGGACUGGUUUGCUCCUAUUUACUUCAAAUUUAGUCCUACAGCUGUUUACAAUAAGCUGCAACAAUUCAUGACGGAUGGAACGCUUACGACUGGACAGAUGUGGUGUUACAAGAUAAUUCACGGACAUCUUUUUGCAAUGGAUAGCCCAGAUAUUCCACAUUUCAAGAUUCCUGAAGGAUUUACGAUCGACAGUCUCCAACCUGAGGACAUACCGACCAUCGUCUCACAAUGGAAAAGCAGAAGGCUUGAGACCCAGGGAGGCUUGGAGUCCCUCGUGGCCAAGCUGCCGUCCGUGGCCAUCCGCAGUCAUCAGGCAGACGGCAACGACGAUCAUACCCCAAAGGAUACGACCGGAAGCUCUCUCGUCGCGUGGAGCUUCCUUUAUCACAUUGGUAUACUGGCCAACAUCUUCACCAUGCCCGAGCACCGGCGCCGCGGUCUGGGUAGUGCAGUGGCGCUCACCAUGGUCGAGAAGCUCCGCCAGAAGAAGCUGCCGGUGCGCUCGGUCGUUGACGGCUCCAACGGCGUCUCCAUCAGCUAUCACCAAAAACUGGGUUUCAAGAAGCAGUGCGACGUGAAAAUAUUCCUCAUGUUGCCUGUUGGAAAAACGAUGGAGGAUUAUAGGAAUGCAUAACUGUACAGUAAGUAAUAGUUCAGAUGAUCAGUGUGAGAUUCUUUAAAAAAUUACGUAUCAAAUAGUACAGCGAACACAGCACCAGGAAUGAGGAAAAUGAAUGAGGUGUAUAUGUUUCCAAAAACCUGAUAUGUUUUGAUUUGCAUUAUAAGUGUCCCGAUCUCUGAUUGCAAGAAGAUUCACGAUUAUUUCUAAAUUCUGAAUUGAUUCAGAAUGUUACAUUCUGCUUUCCUUGAAUCCUGCAGCGACAUUGCUUGAUGAUUUUCAAACACUGUUAGAUACAGAUUAAAGUGCAUAAACGAUUUAUUGCUAUAAAAAGUAACACUUGUAGGUAUUUCUAAAUAUAAAGGAAAGGGAGGACAAUUGAAAGAAAACUUUAAUUUUGCAAAAAUGUAUUUUUUGAGUUGUCGACAAGCUGUCAUGAGCACUGUCAAAGAAUCUUUUCAGAACAGGAACAUCUGUUAUGACAAUGUAUGCCAUAUUAGUUCAACUGUAGGCUGGAAAACCAUGCUUCCCUGCCAUAAACAGGAUUUACAUUUGUUUGUGGUAUGUUUCAAAUAUGUAGUAUGUACAACGAAUAGAAUGGGUAUAUAAUAAAACAGGAAAUCUAA